CAUUAUUAGGACAACAUACGGUCAUAAUUUUAUGGCUUAUCGGUGUAAAUAAAGGGGCUACGUAGUUACUGUGCGUUUUAUUUUCAUGGCUAAUAUUUUCUGUUUAGGUUUUGUUUCCCUGUAAACGUGUUCUUAUAACGUAGCUAAACAGAGUCGGGGUUUAUGGCUGGACUUGAUCAGAUUAGUUUAAAAAAAAAAAAGUCCCUUGUCCCAGCCCAGCUGUUUCUCCUCCGCCACACCUGCAACACCUGCCUAAUAAACCGGUUAGGUGGUGUUGCAUUACUGCGUGAUCAAAACACGCAUUUUAUAACGGAGUCAUGUUUGGAGAAUAGAAACCGAAAGUUAUCAAGGCAGAGAGGGAAAACGAAUCUUAAGCGAAGGGGAGGGUGUUUUGAUCAGCUGGGUCAGACUGUAUAUAAACAGAGGAGCUAAAAGUUUUCACACAGCUAUUCACAGCUAUACAUCGCGACAAGUGGCACUCCUGAACAAAAAGGAAGACAAGAAAGACUGUUAAGAUGGAACUAAUCAUCAAAACAAUGGAUGGGACAUUACACCCGCUGGUUGUGAACCCACAGGACACUGUUGGAUCCCUGAAAAUACAAAUCCAUAGACUACUGAAGGUGCCUGUCCACAAACAGAAGUUGGUGUUUGUAAACGGCAAAAAAACAACUCUCAGUGACGACACCAAACUUUUGUGCGACUACGGCUUGCAGUCCGGCUCCCAUGUCUCCCUGCUGAUCGUCGAGCCUCCUCCCAUCAAUCCUCCCAUCAAUCCUACCAUCCAGGUGUUCCUCAGGAACGAGAAGGGGCAGACGAGCACCUACGAUAUCAAACCCAACGAGACGGUGGAUGACUUCAAGCGGAGUGUGGAGCAGAGGGAGGGGGUACCGGUGAGCCAGCAGAGGCUCAUUCACGAAGACAGGGAGAUGUCUGCUGGAAAACUGUCGGACUACAACGUGAGGGCGCACAGCACCAUCUACCUGACCCUCCGACUGAGAGCAGGCUGAGGACAUAGUGGACGACGCACCAGGAAAUUAAUUCUUUAUACCUAUUUUAUAUUUAUCAGUAGUUUUAAUAUAAAUCAUCGACGCAUUCCACAAUGUGUAAUUCCGUUUUGUUUAGCCGACAACAAAGUCAUUCCAUACACACAAGAGAUCAAUGUUAUGCUUUUAUUUUGAAAAAUCCAUGUUACCCAGAAAAUGUAAAAAAAAUAAAUAUAAAUAAAAGUCUCUGAUGUGAAUUUA